AAGUAUUCGGAUGUGCGUACGCGUUGGCCGCCUGUACCGCCUGUGGAGGAUUAGGCGCAGCAAAAAGUUCAAAGUGAUUCGGAGGCUGUUUAAAACAUGAGGUGGCUCGUUUGCGCUGUUUUGCUGCUGCAGCUAUCCUGGCAGUGCAGCAGUCGAGCUUUCCCCGAAGAAAACAUCAGCGUGUACACUUCCAACACCACUACAGGGCAAGGAGAUGUGUAUCGUCAGAUAGCCAAUAACAUCGCUGAGAAGAUCACUUCCCCCAUUUACAGGUUCCUGGGCAUUGGUACAAACAAAACUGAACCAACGACCAAGAAACCAUGGGUCAACAUUGAAUCCCUCGACGAACCUGAAGACGUUGCCAAAACCGACCUCAAACCACUUGGCAAUGGGCUUGAAGAUCGCGACGUUGAAGAACUAUCAGUAGAAGCUUUGAAAAAAAAUGAUAAGAAACCUGAAAAAAUCACACUUUAUUCCAGUUAUCUACCUUCUAAAUUAGAAAGACUUGAUAACAAAGAAAAUGAUACAAUAAAUGAAGUUGAUGAUCCUUUCGAAUUCGAUGAUGAUGAUGAUGAUUUCGCUACAAAGCCUAGAGAAGGCGGAUUUGUGUAUUACUUAGAGCUUUUAGGGAGCUUCUUCCAACUAGCUGUAGGCGCUGUUAUGGCGAUAUUUAAAUCGUCUUCGGGUUCAAAUUAGGUAUUAAUAGAUUGUUGAACAUCUAGUCGUGAGUAAGUCAGUAUUUUGGAUUAGAAAUUUUACCAAUAUACUAAUCAAUCAAUGUGAAGUGUCAUAUUUAAGAAAUUAUUUUAACAAAAGCACAAAAAAUAUUAUCCGUGUGUUUGCAAGUUACCAAACUCUUUAUUUGUUAAUUAUUUAGGAACUUUCUUUAUUACUUUACAAAUGUUAGCAUUAAAAGUACAAUUUUUCUUUAUCAUUUCUUUGUUUACGGUUUUUGUAUUGUAUAAAUUUAUUUUAAUUUUAUUUGUAUUGUCUAUUGCGUCAAUUGUUAUGAUGGGUCUCAGGCUGUUUUCAUAUUUUAAUCCCUUUGGUAUCAAAUUUGUUGAUUUAUUUAUUUCAAAUUCAUAGAAAAUUAAUAAAACAAUGUAAUACAGUGAAACCUCGAUAACUCGAACCUCGAUAAGGCGAAAUCCUCGUUAACUUUAUAUGUCAUAAAGACGAAGUAACCAACUAUUCCCUUCACGACUAUCCAGUACAAUUUUUACCUCUAUAACUUGAAAAAUGAAAUUUGACCUCUACAACUCGAAUAAAUAGGCGCAUUGUUUUAUCACCUCUAUAUCUCGAAGUUAUUGAUUAACAAACCUCUUUAACUCGAAAAAAGCAAUAAGAAUGUUUUUACGCAUUUGCAUAAUUACCUCUCUAAUACGAAUUUUUCAUGCGUUUUACCUCCGUAACUCGAAACCCCUUUAAGACGAACACAAACCCAUAAGGGCUUCCCUAUGUCGAUGCCCUUUAUAAGACGAAACCUCGUUACGAAGGUUUUGACGUUUCCCUUGAGAUUCGUGCUAUCGAGGUUCCACUGUAUAAUGAAUCAGUGCCAUCAUCAUCAUCACAAAGUAUGUAGGUAUAAGCAAUUAUAUUUUAUCUUGUGUAUAUCUUGUCUAUAUCCUUAAAUUUUGAAUUAUUUACAAUUAUUUAAUAAAUGUAAAAUAACUUUAUUCGUCGAUCUAAUUUAUUCCCUUGUUCACUUUUUUUAUUGCAUGCAACCUGAUAGUCUAAUAACAAACCAAACGGGUCAUAUUCCACUUUUCACUUUUUUGUGACUUAGACGCCAUAAAUUUACUUUUUUUAAUAAAUUGAACCAAAACUAAUCAAAUAGCUCCUGGUUUUAAUUUAAAAAUAUAUUUAAAACAGUUAAUUGCUUAAUAAAACAAAUUGCCUUAUGCUAAAUACCCAACGAAUUAAAUUAUCAUAUAUAAACAAAAGGUAAAUCAAUCAAAUUACUUUUGACUAAAUUAAUGUAAAAUGUGUUUAUUUAACCGCCAUUAAGGUUUCCCUCAUUCAAUUUAAAUCAUCAAAUAGGGAUUCAUUGAAUUGUAAAGUAGGCCAAAAUUAAUUCGCUAUGUUCCCGGAAAAUCUAAUUACUAAAUUGUAUGGAACUCAUUCAUCCAGUUAAUUAAAAUUAUACAUUAUAUUUUUAAGGUUUUACUUAUGUGUAUAUUUGCACUUAGAAUUAUAUUUUAAUACCAUGUGUAAAGGAUGUUGAAAUCUUAUCCUUAAUUUUUUUAAAUGAAAUAUCACAAACAAAAAAAAAAAAAAACAAAGUCGCUUCCUGCUGCUGUCUGGAUGGAUGUCUGUCCCUAUCCCUAUGUAUGCUUAGAUCUUUAAAACUACGCAAUGGAUUUUGAUGCGGUUUUUUUGAAUAGUGAUACAAGAGGAAGGUUUAUAAGAAUAAGAAUAAGAACUAUUCAUUAGCACAAAAAUAACAUAACUUUGAUUCAUUUACACGAACAGGACUGUGCUAAAAGGUCUUAUAUGUUUGUAUGUAUUGUACCCGUGCGAAGGGGCGGGUCGCUAGUUAUAUAUGAAUAUUUAGAAGCGCUAUUCACGUGAUAUACUUAUUUCUAUGAAUCUAUAGGUAUCUAAUGUGUGGUGUGGUGUGUGGUGUGUUCUUUAUAGUUUUGUCCAAUGUUUAUGAUGUUAAAAUAAAUGUAUUUUCUUUC